CGGACACCACACAAAGCGGAUUUCUCACGACCCGUUCAAAUAUUUAUCUCAGUACUUCUGAAGAAAAACGUACGAAACCAGUUUCUUCAUUCACUACGAUUCACUUCAAUCAAACCACUAGAGGAUGGACAGUCUAUAGAACCACUACCAGAAGAUGGAAUAUCUGGAGAACCCCUACCAGAAGAUGGACAAUCUGGUGUAUCUGGUGGGGCCCCACCAGAGGAUGGCCAAUCUGGAGGCCCACCACCAGGGUCUGGCCAAUCUGGUGGACCACCACCAGGGAGUGGCAAGCCUGGAAGACAGCCACCAUUAACUAAGAUCGAUUUUCCAGAGGAUUACCAAUCUGGAGAACAACCACCAGAGGAGGGACAGUCUGGAGAACCACUUCCAGGAAAAGGACAAACUGGUGGACCUGGUGGGGCACCACCAGAGGAUGGACUGCCUGGGGGACAACCACCAGGGUUAUUCACUUCAAUCAAACAACUAGAGGAUGGACAGUCUAUAGAACCACUACCAGAAGAUGGAAUAUCUGGAGAACCACUACCAGAAGAUGGACAAUCUGGUGUAUCUGGUGGGGCACCACCAGAGGAUGGCCAAUCUGGAGGCCCACCACCAGGGUCUGGCCAAUCUGGUGGACCACCACCAGGGAGUGGCAAGCCUGGAAGACAGCCACCAUUAACUAAGAUCGAUUUUCCAGAGGAUUACCAAUCUGGAGAACAACCACCAGAGGAGGGACAGUCUGGAGAACCACUUCCAGGAAAAGGACAAACUGGUGGACCUGGUGGGGCACCACCAGAGGAUGGACUGCCUGGGGGACAACCACCAGGGUUAUUCACUUCAAUCAAACAACUAGAGGAUGGACAGUCUAUAGAACCACUACCAGAAGAUGGAAUAUCUGGAGAACCACUACCAGAAGAUGGACAAUCUGGUGUAUCACCACCCCGUGGUGGUCUCCUACCGGUUAGACCUCCGGGUGGUGGUCCCAGACCGGUUAGACCACCUGGUGGUGGUCCCUCACCGUUCGGACCUUCUGUCGGUGACCUCUUGGUGAAGGUCCUUUUCCUGUUUCUGGUGGACCUGCUGGAGCACCCCCAGAGCAUGGACAGCCUGGAGGACCACCACAGGAAUUAUUCUCUUCGAUCAAACCACCAGGGGAUGGACAAUCUAUAG